UUAGGGAAGGGGUGGGUCUGUAUAAACCAGGAAAUGCAAUUAUAAAUUACAACCAAUUCACUCGUAUACAACACAGAAAAGCACAGAGCAAGCUGCCUUUUCAGUCUGGUGGUUUUCAACGGCCAUGCAAAAGAAAAAUACACUCACUCCCUUAAAGAGAAUUCAAUGUAUUUACUGAAGCAAAUUUCUUCCUAGGCUUGUUACAGGCAGGAAGUCACGGAAAAGAGGUAUAUUCAGAAAGCUAGUUUAAGAACUGCUGUCUUUUGCAAAGAAGUAACAAGACAUUUUUUUUACAUAAAACAUGGAUCUAUUCUGUGGGACAUCUGGGCAGCUGGGAUCCAAAUUCUGGGAUUCCAAUAUUACUUUAUACACGAAUAAUCCAGAUUUAACGCCAUGCUUCCAAAAUACGGUGCUUGCCUGGUUCCCAUGCAUCUACCUCUGGGUUGCAUUACCCUUUUAUGUACUUUAUUUAAAAUACAACAAAAGAGGAUAUAUUGUGCUGUCUAUACUAAGCAAGAUUAAAACGUUUUUUGGUGUACUUCUUUGGAUUGUAUGUUGGGCAGAUUUAUUUUACUCUUUCCAUGCGCUAGUGCAGAAUGAGAGCCCACCACCUGUUUACUUUGUCACUCCUCUGAUACUUGGGAUUACAAUGGUGAUGGCAACGAUACUUAUUCAAUACGAGAGACUGAAAGGAGUCCAGUCCUCAGGCGUGCUCACCAUUUUCUGGUUCCUAUUAAUUCUGUGUGCAAUAAUCCCAUUCCGUUCCAAGAUUAUAGUCUCCACACAGGAGGGUAAGGUUGGAGAUAAAUUCAGAUUUACAACAUUUUACAUUUAUUUUGCUCUCAUUGUGGUGGAAUUCCUCCUCUCCUGUUUCAAAGAAGCACGUCCAUUUUUCUCUCCUGUUAACGAAGAACGUAAUCCGUGCCCAGAAUCAGAUGCUAGCUUUCUUUCAAGAUUAACAUUUUGGUGGUUUACAGACAUGGCUAUUCUUGGUUACAAAAGGCCACUUGAAGACAAGGACCUGUGGGCACUAAACAACGAUGACACAUCAAAGGUGGCUGUGUCUAAGCUAAUCAAAGAGUGGGAGAAAGAAAAAAACAAAAAGCAGCAACAGAAUAGCCAAGUGCAAUUCAAUAAACAAUCCGAAGAUACGCAAAAUCAUAUCGAUGAAAAGCCUAACGAAUCAGAAGUUUUAAUUGUCAAUAACAAAAAGCAUAAAAACCCCUCCUUCUUAAAAGUGUUGUUGACUGCGUUUGGCCCAUACUUUUUAAUUGGAUCUUUAUACAAACUUUUCCAGGAUCUGCUAUCUUUUGUUAAUCCUCAGUUAUUAAGCAUAUUGAUUACAUUUAUAAAGGAUAAAAAUGCACCUGCCUGGUGGGGAUUUUCCAUCGCUGCCUUGAUGUUCAUCUCUUCUUUGGCGCAAACAUUAAUCCUCCAUCAGCAUUUUCAGUACUGUUUUGUUACUGGGAUGAGAUUAAGAAGUGCAAUCACUGGUAUUAUUUACAGAAAGUCUUUAGUAAUCACAAACUCAGCAAAACGUUCUUCCACUGUUGGGGAAGUUGUUAAUCUAAUGUCAGUUGAUGCUCAGCGAUUUCAGGACUUGACGACCUUCCUCAAUAUGUUGUGGUCUGCACCUCUACAGAUAUUCCUAGCUCUCUAUUUUCUCUGGCAGACUCUGGAUGCUUCUGUCCUGGCCGGUGUUGCUGUUAUGGUUCUGCUGAUCCCCAUUAAUGCAUUUAUUGCCAUGAAAACAAGGGCAUUUCAAGUUGAGCAAAUGCAGUAUAAAGAUUCAAGAAUAAAAUUGAUGAAUGAGAUCCUAAAUGGUAUUAAAGUCCUAAAACUAUAUGCUUGGGAACCAUCAUUUGCUGAAAAAGUACUGGAAAUCCGCAAUAAAGAGUUAAAUGUUCUGAAAAAAGCUGCUUACCUUAAUGCUUUAUCCACAUUCGCCUGGACCAGUGCGCCAUUUUUGGUUGCUUUGACAACAUUUGCUGUUUAUGUCUCAGUUGAUGAAAAAAAUAUCCUUGAUGCAGAGAAAGCAUUUGUAUCUCUCUCUUUAUUUAAUAUUUUAAGAUUCCCUCUGAACAUGCUGCCUCAGGUUAUAAGCAAUCUCGCCCAGGCCAGUGUUUCUAUUAAGAGAAUCCAGAAUUUCUUGGCUAACGAUGAACUGGACCCAAAUGCUGUGAAUAAAGAUAAAACAAUACCUGGUAACGCCAUUACAGUACGGAAUGGGAUUUUCAGCUGGGCGAAGAAUGAUGAGGCUAUUCUACAAAAUAUAAACCUAUUGGUCCCAACUGGUUCACUGGUGGCCAUUGUUGGCCACGUUGGAUGUGGGAAGUCUUCCCUGGUGUCAGCUCUUCUUGGAGAAAUGGAAAAGAUAGAAGGAGAUGUCUCCAUUAGGGGUUCUCUUGCGUAUGUACCUCAACAAGCUUGGAUCCAAAAUUCCACCCUCAAGGAUAAUAUUCUGUUUGGUCGUCCUGACGUUGAAAAAAAUUAUAAGAAAGUUUUAGAAGCAUGUGCAUUACUUACUGAUUUGGAAGUUCUUCCUGGAGGAGAUCAAACUGAAAUAGGAGAGAAGGGUAUCAAUCUCUCUGGUGGACAGAAACAGAGGGUGAGCCUUGCACGUGCUGUGUUCAGUAAUUCUGACGUUUACCUACUGGAUGACCCAUUGUCUGCUGUGGACGCUCAUGUUGCAAAACACAUUUUUGACAAUGUCAUUGGCCCAGAUGGUUUGCUUAGAGGAAAAACAAGAAUUUUGGUCACUCACGGCAUCAGUUUUCUGCCACAAGUCGAUCACAUUGUCGUUAUGGUGGAUGGUAAAGUUACAGAAAUGGGAUCUUAUCAAGAGCUUUUGAACCAAAACGGUGCUUUUUCUGAAUUUCUGCGGAAUUAUGCAUUUGAUGAGAAUAUAGAAGAAGAACAAUUAACAAUAUUAGAUGAAGAAGAAGUAUUAUUAGCAGAGGAAACACUAAGUAACAUCACAGAUCUCACAGAUAAUGAACCUGUUGCCCAUGAAGCUCGCAAGAAAUUCAUCAGACAAAUUAGCGUCCUGUCAGAUGGAGAACCUUCCCGAGUUAUGUCAACAAAAAGAAAGUUUUGCGAACGAAGAAUGUCUGAAACUGCACAGGCCAAAAAGCCACCGGUUGACAAGUUAAUCCAGACUGAAACCACAGAAACAGGAAGGGUGAAAAUGACUGUGUUCUGGCAAUAUAUAAGGGCAGUUGGUAUAGCAGUUUCUUUAUUCAUAUGCUUUCUGUACUGCUGUCAAAAUGCCUCUGCAAUUGGAGCAAACGUGUGGCUUAGUGACUGGACUAAUGAGACGAUUAUAAAUGGUACCCAGCAAAAUACACAAAUGCGUUUAGGUGUAUACGCCGCCCUCGGACUGCUGCAAGGUGUUUUUGUAAUGGUUUCCUCCUUUACACUCGCAAUUGCUGGAAUUGGAGCAGCUAGAAAACUUCACACGACUCUUCUUGACAACAAGCUGCAUACGCCUCAGUCUUUCUAUGACACAACCCCUAUUGGCCGCAUCAUUAAUCGUUUUUCCAAGGAUAUUUACGUGAUUGAUGAAGUGAUACCUCCUACUAUCCUAAUGUUUUUGUCAACUUUUUUCACAUCUCUGUCAACAAUGAUUGUGAUUAUCAGCAGUACCCCACUCUUUGCUGUGGUUAUAAUACCACUUGCUUUUGCGUAUGUAUUUGUUCAGAGAUUCUAUGUGGCAACCUCUCGACAACUGAAGCGACUUGAAUCUGUCAGCAGAUCUCCAAUAUAUUCACAUUUUUCAGAAACAAUCACAGGUGCCAGCAUUAUAAGAGCUUAUGGAAGACAAAGCGCCUUUAUUCUGACAAGCGAUAAUAAAGUAGAUGAAAAUCAGAAAAGUUAUUAUCCAGGAAUUGUGUCAAACCGUUGGCUUGGCAUUCGUGUUGAGUUUGUGGGAAAUUGUGUUGUCCUAUUUGCAGCUCUUUUUGCUGUGAUUGGUCGAGAGAGCCUCACCGCUGGUCUAGUUGGCCUUUCAGUUUCAUACGCUCUGCAGGUAACAAUGUCCUUAAACUGGAUGGUGCGAAUGACUUCAGAUCUGGAAACAAACAUUGUCGCAGUUGAGCGAGUGAAGGAAUAUUCGGAGACAGAAACUGAGGCUCCUUGGACCAUUGAAGAUAAACAACCACCAAAGGAUUGGCCAAGUAAAGGAGAAGUUGAAUUAGCAAAUUAUUCAGUCCGAUACAGAGCUGGGUUGGAUCUAGUGCUGAAGAACCUAAAUCUCAGAGUAAAGGGUGGAGAGAAGGUGGGAAUCGUUGGAAGAACAGGAGCUGGGAAAUCGUCGAUGACCUUGUGCCUUUUUAGAAUAAUAGAAGCUGCAGAAGGAGUAAUCACAAUAGAUGGAAUAAACAUUUCCGAGAUUGGUUUACACGACCUCCGAUCCAUGCUUACUAUAAUUCCUCAGGACCCAGUACUUUUCUCUGGAACGUUGAGAAUGAACCUUGACCCUUUUGGAAAGUACACAGAAGACGAUAUCUGGAAAGCCCUGGAGCUGUCUAACUUGAAAAAAUUUGUUGCCAGUCAAUCGAAUAAACUUGAAUAUGAAUGUGCUGAAGGAGGAGAAAACUUAAGUGUUGGACAAAGACAACUUGUUUGUCUAGCAAGAGCUCUUCUCCGCAAGACUCGAAUUCUCAUUUUGGACGAAGCUACUGCCGCUAUUGACCUUGAAACUGAUGACCUCAUACAAAUGACAAUAAGGACUCAGUUUGAAGAUUGUACGGUGUUAACAAUCGCACACAGACUGAACACAAUAAUGGACUACACCAGGGUUCUGGUUCUAGAUAAAGGUCAAAUUGCAGAAUUUGAUACUCCAACAAAUCUUAUCGCUGCAAGAGGUAUAUUUUAUGGAAUGGCAAAGGAUGCUGGAUUAGCAUAAAUAUAAUCUGUUUUUAUAUGAUUUUUUUUUUUAAAGUGAACUUUUUUUUACAAUGUACAUAAAACUUGUUUAUUUUUACACGUAAACUCCAACAGUAAUCAUAUUAUAUGACUAUAAACUAUUUUGUAAAUUUUAUUUUCAGAAAAGAACUAAACAGAAUUUAUUUGCUUGCAUGUUUAUACUGGAUAUGUUUUUGCAAACCAAGGCCAAAUAAAUUAUAUUCACUUUCUUAA